AUGGCAGGCCAUGGUGCUGAGCUGGCGUCUGCGCUGGGCGCAGUGUCGACAUCCAUCAAGGCCAUAGCAACGCGCGUUGCGCGCGCCGGGCUGGAGGGGCUGUACGGCGUGGCCGGGACGACUGGGGGCAGUGGUGACGCCCAGAAGAAGCUGGAUGUUGUGGCGAAUGACAUCAUGAAGGCCCAGCUGGCGGCCUGCGGGGCCGUGGGUGUCCUGGCGAGUGAGGAGGAGGACGGCGCCCUGGUGCUGGGGGAUGGCAGGCAAGCUUGA